AUGGUCCAACAAGAGUCGACGUUGACGGCUCGUGUCGAUGAUAAUGAAAAGAAACCAGGAGAUAAAGCUCCAGCCAAGAAGAAGGAUGCCAAGGAGGAGAAGAAUGAGAUGGUAAGGAAGCUUACGCGUUUAUGAUGAUUUAUAUUUAGACAGAAGAAGACAAAAAACUUCAAGAAGAUCUGAACAUGCUUGUAGAGAGACUUUCCGAAUCUAAUCAGGAAUUAUAUCUGCCUUCAUUGGAGACAAUGAGAGGUUUGAUCAAGGCUUCUACAACCUCGAUGACAUCUGUUCCCAAACCAUUGAAAUUUAUGUUGCCUCAUUACAAUAAGAUGAAAGAAAAUUACGAAAAGAUGAAGGACUCUCCAGCUAAGGUAGGUUUUUUAAUCUUAUUUUUGACGUCCUUUAAAAAGCACUCAUCUUCUGGUUUCAGAAAUUAUGUGCUGAUAUUAUCUCCGUAUUGGCCAUGUGUUCUGAUGACAAGAAUAGUUGCAUUAAUUAUCGACUAAAGGGAAGUUUCGAACCAAUUGGAGAUUGGGGGCAUGAAUAUGUAAGACAUUUGUCAAUGGAGAUGGCCGAGGAAUGGAGAGCGUAUUCCGAUGGAACACCUAAAAGCACGGAAAGAAGGAACGAGUUGAUCAAGUUGGUGAAAGAGAUCGUCGCCCACAAUAUGAAACACAAUGCUGAAGUCGAAGCCUGUGAUUUGUUAGUGGAGAUUGAGAGGCUCGACUUGCUUCUCGAUUUUGUUGAUGAUGAGGAUCACAAUCGAGUGUGUUUAUACUUAUUGAGGUGAGUAGAGUACCAUUAUUAUGAUUGUUGUUUUUAGUUGUGCGCCUUUAACCCCAGAUCCAGACAACCAGAUCUUAAUUAAGACUGCCAAGGAUCUUUUCAUGAAAUUCAACAAACCGUUUGAUGCCCUUCGUUGUGCCAUCAUUCUUAAUGAUAUUGAAUUGAUCCGAAACAUUUUCUUGAAUUGCAAAGACGCGUAAGUUCCUAACCUUUAUUCAUUUUAGAUUAAUUUAGGCUAAUUCAAAAGCAAAUGGCCAUCCUCCUUGGACGUCAUCAGAUUUUCUUGGAAUUGGAAGGAAAACCAAAUGGAGAGGUUCUAGCUCCCUUGAAUGCCAACACCCAUCUGUGUCAAUAUUUUCAUUCUUUGGCCCGAGAAUUAGAUAUUAUGGAACCUAAAACCCCUGAAGGUAUCUACAAAGCCCAUCUGGAACAAACCCGGCCUUUCUCUUCGUCGACCAGUUCCGACAGCAGCCGUUUGAAUCUCGCUGCUUCUUUUGUGAAUGGAUUUGUGAACAGUGGAUUCGGUGUCGACAAGAUGUUAGCCGAGACUGACUCGGCUAAUCGUUGGUUCUGCAAGAACCGCGAGUACGGAACCUUCUCAGCUGCUGCCAGUCAAGGUCUUAUUUACCGUUGGGACAUCGAUAAGGGAUUGACCCAGUGCGAUCGCUUCCUUUAUGUGAAUGACGAUUAUAUUAGAGUAAGUGAUGGUUUUUAUUGAUUGAUUUCCAUUUAGGCCGGCACUUUGUUGGCCAUCGGUAUUAUCUCGUCUGGUGUCCAAGAUCCCUGCGACCCUGCCUCCGCCCUGUUGAUGGACCACGUUCACAGUGAAAGAAUCCCAAUGAGAAUUGGUUCAGUUCUUGGUCUGGGUCUUGCAUAUGCCAACUCAAAACGAGAAGCAGUUGUGAAGGAGGAGGAAGGUGGAGUGAUCUUUGAGUUGAAGAAGGUCCUCAGCGACUCCAAGCCAUCGGCCACCAGUGAAAUCAAAGGAUUGGCCGGACUCUCACUCGGAUUUAUUUUGGUCGGAACCGGAGAUCAUACUGUAGCCAUGGAGAUGCUCCAAAUUCUGAUGGAACGGUCCGAAGGUGAACUGAAUGAUCCUAACAUGAGAUUCUUGGCUUUGGGAAUUGCACUAAUCUUUUUGGGAACCCAAGAAAAGAGCGAAGUCUUUGUCGAGAGUCUCCGAUCUCUUCCUGAGCCUUUCGGCAGCAUGGUUUCUACUUUGGUUGAUGUGUGUGCUUAUGCUGGAACUGGCAACGUCUUGAAGAUCCAGAAAUUACUUCACAUCUGCUCUGAACAUUAUGAGACCAAUGAACCAAAGAAGAAGGUAUGUUAUGUGCCUGUGGUUUUAUACCUUUUUAGGACAAACGAGGUGACAGAGAAGAAAAGAAGAAAGAUGAGAAGAAGUCCGACAAACCAGAUCUCUCUUCCCAACAGGCUGUUGCCGUUCUCGGUAUUGGUUUGAUUGCCAUGGGAGAAGAAGUAGGAAGUCAGAUGAGUUUGAGAGUCUUCGGACAUCUGAUCAGAUAUGGAGAACCAGUCAUCAGAAGAGCCGUUCCACUUGCCUUGGCUUUAAGCAGUGUGUCGAACCCGCAACUGAAUAUCCUCGAGACUCUUAGCAAAUUUAGUCAUGACGCUGAUGCCGAUACCGCCCACAAUGCCAUAUUUGCCCUGGGAUUGGUAGGUGCUGGAACUAACAAUGCUCGGUUGGUGGGAAUGCUGAGACAAUUGGCUUCGUAUCAUCAUAAGGAUCAGACCUCUCUGAUGUUGGUCAGAUUGGCCCAAGGAAUGACGCACAUGGGUAAAGGAACGAUGACUUUGAACCCCUUCCACAGUGAUCGACAACUCAUGUGUCCAGCUGCCGUCGCUUCUCUUUUCUCCGUCUGUUUUGCCUUCUUGGAUGCUAACAACAGUAAGUAAUUUAUAAAAAUCGAAAUAUUGUUUAGGUGUGCUCAAUAACCGACAACAUUACUUGUUGUUCAACCUGGUUUUGGCCAUGCAACCUCGACUGCUGAUUACGCUGGUUGAAGAUGAAACAGACCCAAAUAAACUGAAGCAGGUCAACGUGUCCGUUCGAGUGGGUCAAGCGGUGGAUGUUGUGGCUCAAGCGGGUAAACCCAAGACGAUCACUGGGUUCCAAACUCACACAACCCCUGUUCUGUUGGCCUAUGGUGAACGUGCAGAACUGGCAAACGAUGAAUGUAAGCUAAAUGAAUUACUUAAUUUCAUAUUAUAACGUUUUGCAGACAUCGCUCUAACUCCGUAUCUGGAAGGUCUGGUGAUACUCAAGAAGAAUCCCGAUUCAGAACUCAACAAACCGCAGAAGCCCAAAUGA